UACAGCCACGCGCGUGAAGAAAAAAAAAAAAUUCAUAUCCGGUUUUUCGCGACGUUUAAAUCAAUUUCUAUCAUAUCUCGGCACCAGCGAUGCCUCGCAAAUAAAUAAAUUAUCAUUUGAAACAAAUGAACAGCCAAAUGAAAAUCAAGCGAUAAUAAUUCUAAUCGGUUUAAUAUUUAAAUCGUAAAAGACUCGCUGCAAUUUCGAUCGUUGUAAGAGAAAUUAAUUUCCUGCAGUCUCGUGCAGUUUGAAGCAGCUCUGACAAUCACUACGAAGAUGUCGAAAAUUUUUAACGGGAGCAAACCGAGCAUCGUGUUAAUUUUUAUCGUACAAUUUCUCGCUCUUCGUUUCACCCCGGUCGAAGGCAUGAACGAAAAUGAGCUUGCCAGAAUAUCUCUGCGUGUUUAUGCGGGGGAAACUACUAGCAACAAAUAUUAUGACGUACCUAUUGGGGAAACACGUAAUCUGGCAUUGAAAUUAGACGCUGCGAAGCCAACCGUUUUAUACCUUCACGGUUUUCAAGAAAACCUCGAACGGGAAAGCGUUCGCACUAUUGUUGGUGCUUACCUGAAACGCGGUGAUCACAACGUGAUCGCGGUGAAUUACGCCGAAAUAGCAAACGGAACUUACAUUCAGGCCGUCGAGAGUGCCGAAGCGGUUGGAAAGAAAUUGGCAAUUGCUCUGCGCCAAUUGAUUGCGGGUGUUCUGGACCCGAAGCUAAUUCACAUCGUGGGCUAUUCGCUGGGUGCUCAAGUGGCCGCAUACAUAAACAAAUACGCCGUGGUAUUCAAGGUGCAGCGACUAACGGCUCUGGAUCCCAUCGGACCCGCAUUUCUCGCUGUUGCUAAGCGAAUCACGUCAGCCGAUGCGAAAUUCGUCGACGUUAUUCACACCGACGCCUUCAUUUACGGCAACGGCUACGCAUCCGGCGGUGCAGAUUUUUGGCCCAAUAGUGGCCUGCGUGUUCAGCCAGGAUGUCCACUACAGUACGAAAAAGGCAGCGAGGAAGAUUUUUGCAGCCAUCAAAGAUCAUGGCAAUACUACGCGGAAUCGGUUGAAAACCCGAAAGCAUUUAUGGCGGCAAAAUCCGUCACAUGGACGAAAUUUUUAGGGAGCGCACACAAGAAACAGGAUCUUGUUCCUAUGGGAUUGGCGACGCCUUCCGGCACGACCGGAUUAUUUUAUUUAAAAACGAACCAACAGUCGCCAUUUGGAAUGGAAGAGAACGGCGUCAAGUUAGCCGACGAAUAAAUUGCUGGAAUGUCGCUUAUUCAACGUAGUGCAAACUGACGGAGCGAGGAUAUUGCAGAAAUGAAAAACAUCCUUGUAAUAAUGAUACAAACUCUGAACGACUCGUGUACAAAAUAUAUCGCCUGUGUCUGUUUUGUGUAAAAAAUCACGUUUUAUGACGUCUGUGCGUUGCGAUCAACCGCAUGAUAGAUUGGACAAAUUAAAAGGUAAAUAAUAGGAGAACACACGUGGGCGAUUUGUAUAAUGAAAACACCUGUUAUUUU